CCAGCACCUCCCGGCGCCUCCUCUGCGGCAGUCGCACCUCGCGCCUUGCCGCAGCGCGCCCGGCUGGCGGGUCGCUGCUUGCCGCGGUCCGGGUGGCCGUUCGCCGCUUGCCGCGGUCGGCGCCGCCCUCGCGGGCUUCGGCGCCCGUGCUCCGGCUCGGGGUGCCGUGCGGCAUGGGAUAAGACGCUGGCUUGGUGCGCCGAGAUCGCCUCCCCAGGAUGAGGGAGUGGUGGGUGCAGGUGGGGCUUCUGGCAAUACCCCUGCUUGCGGCCUAUCUAUACAUCCCGCCCCCCAAGUUUUCUCCUGCUCUUCACUCAUGGAAGUUGUCGGGCAAGUUUUUCACCUACAAGGGACUGCGCAUCUUCUACCAAGACUCUGUGGGUGUGGUUGGAAGUCCCGAGAUAGUCGUGCUUUUACAUGGCUUCCCAACAUCCAGCUAUGAUUGGUACAAGAUUUGGGAAGGUCUCACACUGAGGUUUCAUCGAGUGAUUGCCCUCGAUUUCCUAGGCUUUGGCUUUAGUGACAAACCGAGACCACACCACUACUCCAUCUUCGAGCAGGCCAGCAUCGUGGAGGCGCUUUUGCAGCAUCUGGGGCUUCAGAACCGCAGGGUCAACCUUCUGUCUCACGAUUAUGGAGACAUCGUGGCUCAGGAGCUUCUGUAUAGGUUCAAGCAGAAUCGCUCUGGUCGGCUUACCAUAAAGAGUCUCUGUCUGUCGAAUGGAGGUAUAUUUCCCGAGACUCACCACCCUCUCCUCCUCCAACAGAUUCUCAAAGAUGGAGGCCUGCUGUCACCCAUCCUCACACGAAUGCUGAACUUCUUUGUAUUCUCUCGAGGUCUUGCCCCCGUCUUUGGGCCAUACACCCGACCCUCAGAGAAUGAGCUGUGGGACAUGUGGGCAGCGAUACGCAACAAUGAUGGGAACUUAGUUAUCGACAGUCUCUUACAGUACAUUAAUCAGAGGAAGAAGUUUAGAAGACGCUGGGUGGGAGCUCUUGCCUCGGUAACUAUUCCCAUUCAUUUUAUCUACGGGCCUUUUGAUCCGGUGACUCCCUAUCCGGAGUUUUUGGAGCUGUACAGGAAAACGCUGCCGCGGUCCACAGUGUCGAUUCUGGAUGACCACAUUAGCCACUACCCACAGCUAGAGGAUCCCAUGGGCUUCUUGAAUGCAUAUAUGGGCUUCAUCAACUCCUUCUGAGCUGGAAAGAGUAGCUUCCCUGUAUUACCUCCCCUACUCCCUUAUCUGUUGUGUAUUCCAUUUAGAAAGAAAUGCCCCAAAGAGGUCCUGGCCACCAAACACUUCUCUCACAAAGGUCCACCUGACUCACAUUGGUGAACAGCAUAUAGGAAAAAGCCAGUUGAGGCUCUGACUAAGGGUGACCUGAUAGUCCACCUCCCAUUCCUUUGACAUCUGAUCAAGUGUAUGGCCUUGCCUUUGUGUUAUUAGGAAAGUCUGAUGAGCACUACUACUCACGGAUGCAGAGAGACAUAUAUUCUUUUGCAUAAGACUUUUAACAUGUCUGUGGACUUUUCUGAAAUACUUAGAAGUGUAAUUUCUGGCCCAGCCCCAAUUGGAAUCUUGUAGAACAGAAUGAGGAGAGGAUGGCUGCUUCCCUCUCCUUGAAUGGCUUUAAGGGCACAUGCUUUUUUGUUUUUUAAGCAGCUUCAGGAGAGAGUGAGUCUCCCCUGUCAUAACUUUGGCUUAGUUUCAUCAGCUGCAUCUAAUUGUAGACAUUUUGUUAAAAUAGAUUUUGCUUUAAAUAAUGCAGCUUUACAUAAUGCAGUAUUCUAAGUGUACUUUAAGACUAUGAUUUACUGACACGUGUUAUAUCUAUUUUAGAAGGGUACUACACCAGCAGACACUCACUCUGGCAGAGUAGUGAACCUUAUUAAACAUAUUUGACUUCUGAAUAAGUUAAGCUAAAUCCAAAUUUAAAAAAAAAAUUUCCUAAAAGUCACAGGACAUUAAAGACCAACAGCAUCUAUGCCAGAGAUUUACUGUUAUUAGCUGGAAAGACCCAAUUCUAACAGCAAAUAACAGUCUGCUUCUUCAUACCUCAUUGCUUCGAAGCACAUCCCUCCUGAGCUAACGUGGAGGGGAGGGGAGCGUUGUGCAGUCCCAGUUCCCACGCUGAGUGCACACGGAUUCCUUUUGUUACGAGUGCUUACUUCUCACUGGUUGUCUCAGAGAGGCUUCCUCAUGUAGCUCUGCAAUUCCUGUACUUUACAGACAGGAAAGUUCCAGAAACUUUAAGAACAAAUUCUGAAAAGGCCUGUGAGCAAAAGGUGCUGAAUACUUUUUUUAAAGUCACAGUUUUCAUUGUUUUAGUCAAAGUAGGAUUAGGUGAUUAUUUUAAAUUCUUUUUUUUUUUUAAAUUAGCAACUUCAAGUAUAACAAUUGAAAGUGGAAUAAGUGUUUAUUUUCUAUUAAUAAAAUGAAUUUUGACAAAAGUGGACUCUGCCUUCCCCUCCCCACCACCCCUCCGGGAUAAAGUUUUCCAACAUUGCCAGGAGCUUUCAGACACAUCACAUUAAAGAAUAGAAUGAAGUUGAGCAGCUGGGGUAUAGGAUAGUAUUUGCUUUACAUGUUCACCCAAAG